GGAAAAUUCAAAUAGGAAAACAAUUCAAAGUCAGCUUGCUCGACUUACGAGCAUUUGAGCAAAAUGGAGAAAUUUAUUCAUUGCAACGUUUUUCUUCGCCUUGUGUGAGACCAUUAGCUUACGGUUACCCAAACACGACAAUUUGGCGACAUUGUUCAAGGGCGAAGCAAAAUGAAAAGAUGAAACAAACUUAAGCCUCUAUACGGAUUUACAAUGAGUACAAUUGCUCGUGGUCAUCCUUCUAAGGUAAGUAACAUAUAUUGGACUCGGUGUUCAAGUCGCUCGCGUCGUACAGUAAACAAUGCAGCCAAUUGUGUUCGCUCACCGGGUUACGACAAAACUGCGCUCGACUUGAAUGCUCUUUUUUAUUGAAUAUUUCGUAAAUUACAAUGUCUGUUUAUAAUGAUAUCUCACAGGAUGACGCUUCGUCGGUUGAAAUGAAGAAGAAGACGAAAGAGAUGAAAAUACGAGUAGCGAAGGUAAUUUUCGUAGCGUUCAAUAAAUUUAUAGUAAUUGAGCGCUUUGCUGAAUCCGCUCUGAACCAUUCAAAAGUUUAUCAGCAAAGUUGCCCGGCUGUGCGCCGAAAACUUUGUUUUAAAAACCGUCUUAUCUCCAGUGAAAGCUUUCUGAAGUUAGCCAACACAAACUCAUGUAAGAUCAAGCAAUUAUUCGAUUAUCUAUAGAUCUGAGGAUUGUGAAGCUAAGAUAAUUUGCAACAACGUAAAAGGGCCAUGGAUUAUCGGAAAUACGUUAACUAAACCUAUAGUCCAAUUAGAUUUUAUUUCAAAGCGUCGGCAAUCAAACUCGAGAUGAUUUCCUUGCCAUAACACAUCAAGGGAAGAGUUUGACGCCUGAUCGCAACCGAAGUCAAGAGAGGUCUAAAUGAGUGUUAAUUGCUGUAUAAAAUAUGUUGUUCUAGGACAGGAAAAAAAACAUUGUUUCGUAUAAGUCUUAUGUGCAAUAAGGAUUUAGCUUUUUUAGAUAUCGUUCAGAGAGAAAAUUUUGCGAAUUCUGUUUUGCGUGUACACGAAAAUUUUCUGUGACAGAUGAUAAGUCUUCGACAGAGAGCCAUUUAUUACCUAGGAAACGAGGAAACAUAAAGAUCUAUUUGAAUGAAUUAGAAGCGCAAAAUUAAAGUGUAAUUUUCACGAUCGUGACUUUCGUUUUUCCCUCGAGAUUGAUUAGAAGAGCCUCGAUCACGUCCACUUUAUCGUGUUGAAGCUAAAACAAGAUUUUUAAAGGAAAAUUCAAAAUUUUGUGAGAACUUUGAACUGCACGUGAACUCUGAAAACGGCUUUCUACUUCAUUCAUUUGGCAUUUUCGCGAAAAGAAAAAUUUCUCAUCAAAACGCUUCAUCAUUGAACCGCGUGUGACUUCGAUUCUCUUUGACGUAUUUGAACAAGGAGAUAAAAUAUCUUCAAACCUAACUGUUUGUUUACGGGUAAACAUUGAUCGUUGACUUUAGUUGUUGUUUUAACUCUUGCAUGGCCUACCAAAACGAUUAGGUUUCAUGUAGAAUUCGCCGGUGCUUAUGUCAGUGAACGCUGAUAUGAAAUAUAAAAUGCCUGCGUAAAUAAAACACUAAUUAACAAUUGGCUUUAUGCCUCUUUAUCUUUUAAGCUCUAACUAAUCUUUCGAAACGUCAAAGAAAAAUACGAUUAAAAAGUCUCUAGCAAACGCUCGUUGCUAAGUGAAGUGUCAAAGAAUAACAAGUCAUAAUAAGCGUGACUGUAUCGCGUUCAGGGAAACCAUUUGACUGCAAGCUGUUAACUGCAUGUGAGCCUGUACUACGAGCUAUUAAUAUCAGACCGAACAAUAAAUGUUAUUUUCUCACACUCCUCUCGUCCUAUUAUAAAAUUUUACCCCUUCUACCAAAAAAAUCCAAAAGGGUAGGUCACUAGAAGCGGCCUAUAGAGGAAAAAUUGGUCAGGUUGAGAGAGGGUUUCUGGUCAUAUUAUUUAUAUUAUAUUGAAAAACUAACAAGGUAAAAAUUCGCUUGACAAUAUAUGAACUACAAGGCGAUUUGCCGAGCUUUGCACUGUUUUGGGAAAACUAAUCGAAUUAAAACGAUGCUUUAUCCGUAAGAGUGCAUAUCACUAAGAUUGAAUUAUGCCCACAUAAAGCCUAAAAAUAAACAAAUGUACCGUCUGAGUCAGAAAUAAUCUUAGCUUGCAGUUAAAUUAAAAAUGAUAACGAAAUUUGGGAUAAAAAUGCAAGCUUAUUAAAGUUGGGUGAGCUUUGGAAUAUUAACUGAAUCAAAGUUGAACCAUUUUGAAUACAUAAAUACACUCCAAAUUUCCAUCUUACAAAACGUAUAGCGUAUUUUAAAUGUAUCGAUUUCCCGCUGAUUUUCACUAAACCGGUACUUACGAAUCCCGGAAAUCAUAACUAAUAGCCUUAUUUCAAUAUCUUUAUUUGUCUUUGUGGUAAGCGAUUUCGGUAGCAUUGUCCGAAUGACCGCCUGCAGGGAUUUUGUAUUGUCUCCUACGGGUACCUUGCAAAUUAUUCUGUUAAAAAAAGGAAGAUCAAGAACUGUUCGUAAUUUACAUUUCCAUGUCGCCAUGGAAGUUCUGUCUGCUAAACAAAUAUUUUCUACAUGGAAACUUGAUUCAGUUCUUGCACAUUUUUGAGAGCUGAUUGAUUCAGAAUCCCACAAUGCAGAAGUUCUUCGGUUUCCUUGUUCUCUGUGGUGAGAAGCUGAGCGAGGUAUGUUUAUGCAACAUGCGCGAUGCACGAAUUGCAAAGGGUUUUUAUCGCCGGGUACAAAUGAGCCGUGGGCUGGCAGCAACAGUUCAUGUCUUGAAUUAACAACUGUUGUUUCAUGUGUUCUUUCUUUCAGAUGUUUGAUCUGUUUGAUAAAGUCAUCGAGUUCAAUCACAACCCGACGAGUGAGUCAGCAAAGAGAAGGCUCGAUUUGGUAAGGCCAUGCAAUUUCCUGUGUCACAAACGUUUAAAGAACAUUAACUGAAUCGAAUUAACCACAGUGAAGCAAAGUUAGCUGGAUCUCAGAGCAAAUCUUUGCCAUAAGGCAGUCAGUUUGGGGAAGAUUUAUCAAAUAUGAACCAGGAUAAGAGAGCAGAAAUCGAAAAUCGUAGGAACACUUCAUAACCUCCGAACUGAUUCCAAAAAUUCUUUUCAAGAAAACUUUGAAAAUUCGUUCAUUCUCAUGCUCCAAUAAUCUCAGCGUUCUGCGGUUCUAGUUUAUUAAAAUAAUCUCCCUGUGGCACCGUGGAUUGCUGCUGUGUAAAACGAUCGCCUUGCGGAUUAACUAUAAGAAGUUUUAUUUGAGCAAAACUGUUAUUACUGAUUGACCCAGUGAUACUGAAUCUUUAUGCAUGAAUUUCUAUAGGCAAAUUACAGAAAGAUCUCUGCAUCCUUCGUUGUUCAAACGUUCUAUUGUGUCGGUACAUCACGGGACAAUAUUCGUUGUUUUAAAUCAUCAUAUGAUCGCUGAUCAAAAACAAAUCUGUGAACUUUUUAAAUCAAUUGAAAAAUGGAAAUUUCUCGUUUAACAUCAUUUCAAAGUGAUCUAUUCUAGAAGCUAAUAGUUCUGAUAGUAGAAGUCAAUUAAGAAUCAAUAAAUCUGUCGUGUAAUUGGCAAUUAUCAUGGUCAUAUCUACGUAUCAAAUUAAAUUUCUCAAUGGGGGGUUAAUUAUUUGAAUAGCCGUACAGACCAAAGGUGGUGGAAUUGCAAAUAAUUUUGUGUGAUAAUUUUAUCACUGAUUCCUUUCUAUCACUUAAACUUUCUAAUAUCUUAAUCUUUCACAAGUUAUUUUGCAAGAAAAGCAAACUCCCCGCUCGUUAUGCAGUAAAUUGUCUCGUGGAUACAAGUUUUGAAUUUUUUAACGACAGGACGUUGCCGGAUCUUUCCCCGAAAGUUGCAAGGCUCGUUUCGCAAAGCACUGAUGACAGUAUCUGGCAGCAAUCUGCGCGCUGCUUUCAACAGGGGGUAGAUUUUUUUGAAGCACCUUAUCCUCACCGUUGCUAAAAGAAAUAACUAACAUAAUUCUUUUAUCUACUAAAGGAAAUCGAGAAGCUAAAAACCCUUCAACAACAACUUGAGGUACGUAAACAUAGUAUUAAAAGAUAAAUAAAGAAAUACUGGACAAACGAGUAUACAAUAACGAACCGUUAAAUGUAAUCAGACGGACAGACAGAUAGACCGAACGGAAAGUUUGAUAGACGGACGGACUGACUCUGUGACAGAAAGAUAGAAAGGCCGACAGACAGACAGCCAUCAAUCAAUCAAUCAUUUAUUUUAACACGUUUCGUCGAGGAGCUAAGAACUCAUUCAAAGUACGAACGUGUAUAAAAAAUGAUGAUGUACUUACAUCCGAUUGUCUUGUCAUUCCCCCAGUGACGCAGUAUCACAAUUUGUUUAGAAACUUACUCCCUUUAGACAUAACGUGAAAGAAAGAAAGAAAAAAGACAGGCUUAAAAAGAGACAGAACUAUACACCUACAUACAUACAGAAGUACAUACAUAGACAACCAGACGUACAGACUGUGAUGGUCUAUCAGACAGACAGACAGACAAACGAAUGAAUGAAGAUUUUCUGAUGCCCCUAUCCUUCCUUUUACAAACAAGACUCCCAACACAAUUGUACUAGGUAAGAUCGUUUUAUAAACUGAUAAUGUACAACCGACAUGAUUUCAUAAGUUUAAAUAAGGUUCGGAUCAGUGGUCUUGCCUGAACUUGAAAUCCAAAUAAACAAGGUGUCAGUGGAAGUUACUUCAGCACUACCCACAUUCUGAGAGUUUUCUAUCCAAGCUACCAUGGUCACCUAAAACUUGAUUAAAAGCACGAUGCGACUGAGACGUUAGGAAUUCUUUUUGUCAUCAAAACAACAAAAGCAACUCGAACAUCACCAUCAUUAUUAUAGUUUUCGUCAUCAUUACCAUCAUCAUCGUUAUCAUUAUCGUCAUCAUUACCAUCAUCAUCAUUAUCAUUAUCGUCAUCAUUACCAUCAUCAUCAUUAUCAUUAUCAUCAUCAUUACCAUCAUCAUUAUCGUCAUCAUCAUUAUAAACAGCAACCAAAGAGCAAUAGCCGUUGCUCCGCAGAGUGAAAAACUGAAUCAUCAAACUUCAGUUUAUGUGUCCUGCGAAAAAAAAUAUUUCCCGCUUUUUUUCUUACAUUUGUAGAAAGAGCCUCAAAAGAUCGACCUUUUCGAGGAAAAUUUGAAAGAUGUACAAGAAUACGGUAGGCGGAACGUUCUACCUAACACUUUAUAUAAAGCGGUUUCACAUAGGUUCGAUUUCCGUCGCUCUCUCCUGUCCAGGCUUCGCUCCUCCACGGGGUAAGAGCGCGGGCUCAUAUUCCCGAACAGUGGUUGGCAAUCGGCCGUAGGUUUCAAGGUUCUGUACUGUUUUUUAAUUAAUCUUCUGUUAACAUGCACUCCUCCUGUUUUCAGAUAAAUUUUACAUCCAGUAUGUCAAUCAUGUUUCUCAAGAUUUGGAAAAUUUGAAAAACAGUAUCAUUCAGUAUAUACAGGUAAGAGUCUAAAAAGACACAUCUAAGACAGCCUCGUUUUUUCCUGUGAUCCUCAAGAUAUCUGUUAGGGAGAUAAGGAGAAAACCGCAUUCCUAUCUAAUGCGAACGUACUCAAUCUAGAGCAAGACGGCGAAAAUCAGAGGGAAAAACUAAGCUCUCUGUUGAUUCAAAGCCGAAGAUCCUAAGGGAGGGCGGAAGGCAAAGAAGCCUGUAAAAACCACAACUCCCUUUUUUUUUCUUUCAUUCUCUAAAGAGGAUGCUUGUAUUCAUAUUCCCUUGUAUUCAUUUGGUGUUCCAGCAGUAACGUUCUUUAAAAUGUAUGACUGCAACGUUUACCAUAAAAUCCCGCGCCCCCGCUUUCAUUAAAAAUAUUAUUAGAAAAAGAUCCCCUAAAAUUGGCCUAUGUGGUGACGCGAAUAAGGCCGCAAAAAGCCGCACGGCCCCAUUAACGGUUCCAUGAGAAGAAAGAAGAAUAAAAACCCUCCCAUCAGUUGGUAAGUACCCUGUCUUUUCUGCUUUAUAGGAGAAAACUAAAGCUGAACAACUGCUCGCAAAGGAAAACAUGAAACUGAAACGUGAGUUUUCAUUUUUAUCUUUUCUUUUCUUUGUUACAUACUUCGUUCUGAGUUUCGCACAUCAAUUCAGGCCAGGUUCUCGGGGUGGCAACUUUCAAGGAAUGGUGUCCAGGUUUAUAGGAUCAAUCUAACUUUGGUGAAUGGCAAUAGCUGCUUUCGUGUUGUUAUAUUUGCGAUAGGCGGAUAAGAAAUUCACCCGGCAGUUUCUGUUAACACUUCUGAUUUAAAGCAGAGGAACUUGAGGCGAAGUUCGCAAGCGGAGGCCCAUAUCCAACGAAAUGUGGAACAUGCCAAACCGUGGAAGCAGUUUAUCUGCCAGCACACAAAAUUGUGUUCGGAAAAUAGUAAUUUAUGUCAUCGAUUGAUAUUUAAAGAGUUGUGUUUUUAGGCUGUCAUGUUUCAUCUAAACCUUAAUUGCAUUUGUUUUAUUACAGAGCAAAAUUUGAGUUGAUGAUUAGAAAGGGUGAAAUUAAACAUUCAGCUAUUGUUUUACAUCAUCUUUUCAAAAUUAUUCAGUGGCUCUUAUCAAUUGAUUAUUUGGUUUUCUCCAUUGAGUUGAUACAAGUAAAGUGAAUUUGCCAACGUAGAGAUAUUAUGAAGCCUAAAGAUUAUGAUCUAACCUUGGUACCACAGAUCUUCUUCAGGGUCAUUUAGUAAUCUGUUUUGUUAAAAAAUCUCUUUUAAUUUACCUAUUGCAGUUGAUUUUCAACGCGAACAGGCUGAAUCGAUGCAUCAGCAGCAAAAGUAAGUAAAGGGGGCUGAAAAUGUUGAUUUUUUUCCCGAGAGGUGAUGAUAUACCCCUAUUGUUAGGAGAAGCUAACCCCUAACGGUUCGCUCGUUCGACUCCGAAUCGAGAGGUCUGGGGCUGGAGAUCUGUGACCUCUCUCCACCCAGGACUGUAAAUGAGAACGAGUGAACUGCUAAGGAAGCCUGAAGUGAUGCUUAAGAGGAGAGGGGGAGGGUAACCGGAAAUGGACUGGAAGUAGCAAUAGACGCAGUACUUUUAGUAGCUGCUGAAAGCGCCUUAUGAUCCAUCUGACUUGAGUGCGGAAUUUAUCUUUCCUGUGGCAGGAGGGGUCUUUCGAAAGUAAUGAAUGGGGGAAGGGGUGGUCUUGUGUCUAGUUUUCAAUGGAAUGACUUAAGUGGUCAUGACAUUAUGACAAUCACUGUAUUAAGUCUAAAAUAUUACUACUUACUUCCUCAAUGCCCCUCGCCAUAAAGGAUUGUAAGAUAAAUAAGUAUCAACAUACUUCUAAGCUAUAAAGGAUUCUUCAACAAGCUGAUGCACCAGGACAUCGUAUUUUAAAACAAAUGGCUGAACUAAAUGUUUAUGUGAGUCCUUUUUGUUUCGUAAGGCACGAAUACGCUGUGGCGGAGAAAAACACAGUCUUGGCGACUUGCAGAAAGCUGGAGGAGCAACUGGAAGAAAGAGGAAAACAAAUUCAACAGUAAGUUACAUAAAUUAGUAACGUUUCUAAAUUAAUUUAUCAAGGUCAUGAGAACAAGAAAAAUGAUUACAAACUACAGAUGCUUGUUAAAGUCAAACAAAUUCCCGUUGUAAGUACCAUAGGAAAUAUAUAGGGAGCAGUAUGCAGAAUAAGCACACUGAUGAGAAGAUGGUACGGGUUAAAAUGAAAAAGAAAUUUCGAACCUGAGCUAAAGCUGACAAUUUCCACAAACGAGUGAUGCGAGCUGAGGUUGGAACGGUGAUACUUUUAAGUAAUUGAUUGCUUGGGCAAAUUUUUUCCUUUGUUUUUCGUUUUCUCGCUUACUUGUCAUCGUGUAUUUUUUUUUCUUCUUUCGUUCAUCGGUAUUUUGUUAAUUACGCUCCUUUGUUACGUGCUGUAUGUAAAUUUAGUUCUAUAGUUUGUUGUCACCAACCACCACGCCAGUUAUCCUCAGCAUUUGUAAGCGGCUUCAUUUUCAUCGUUUUCUUUAAUUUCGUUUUGCAGUGGCCUUUAGGUAGUUUGUCUGUGUUGUAAUUAUUAUUUUUUCGCUCUUGUAGGAAUAUACUUUUUCUAACGUUAUAUUAAAAACAUUUGCUGAUGCAUCGUGUGGGGCUGUCCUGGUGUACCGGUACACGGGGGAAUUCCUAUUGUUUUCAUAUCCAUACAUGGAGUUGUGACGCAGUUCGUUAAUGUUUCGUUCCUUUGUGUACCGGUACACGAGGACACAACCCAUCGCGUUGUGUUUUCUUCGAAUUGGUCCUGGCCUGUUCAUUGAUGAUAUUCAUGUUUUGUCGAAAUUUCUUCCAGGCUUCAACGCGAGGGAACUGUGAGUUUGUGGCAACGAGAAAAAGCGAAACUGAUAAAAGACGUCCACUCAAGGUAACUUACCCUACUUUCUGUCGAUUAUGUUUUCUAUAGACAACGUCGGUCGAUGUUUAGAUCGAUAUAUCGAUCGAUAGUCAGUCGGUGGUCAGCCGAUACGGUGACGAUGGUUGAUCGAUAUCUUUACUAAUAGUUGGUCGAUGUCGACCGACAGUUGGUCAAGGGUGCUUCGACUGUCGGCUUACCUUCGAGAAGACAUCGACUGUACCUUAUAAACAUAUGAUCUUUUUCUUCGUGAACAAGGUGUGAUUUGUUUUUAAGCUUUUCAGCCUGUUCAUAUGUCAGUGAUUUGUCUUUUAGUGAGGAGAGGCUUGCGAAGGAGCUCAAAGAAACUAAAGAUCAGUUAGAAGAUACAAAAUCAAGACUAAAUCAAAGAAUUAUGGUAUGGAAUAAGAUGAAACGAGGUCUUGAAAUUAAUCUCAUGAGCGGCUGACUCUCCUGAUAGGCUUAGGAAACCAGUCAGUAUCGUCCGGAGGGGAGAGGAGUUCGGAGGAUUUUUUUUGGGGGGGUGGGUGGCCUUGGUUUUCAGGAGGGCGGAGAGGGUAUCCGUCGUUAUCAAAAGAAUAUCAAGGUGGAACUGUAGAUUAAAAAAACUACAGAGUACUAUGUAAUUUUGCUGCUCUUCCAUCUGGCUAAGCCAUUCGUGUAACGGCGAGAGAAGACACUCGACAAUCAAAAGAACACAUAUAACUUUUUUACUCUUAGCUGCUCAGUCGAAUUAAAAUCUGUUGGGAAACAAAAACACGAAAACUUAAGUUGCAAGGCCGUCACUUUGGGCACCAGACCUUCCCGGGCUUGAUUGUUUAUCUAUGGAUAUUUGCUGGUUUCAUAGGAGCUUAUGGAUCAAGUUAAAUAUCUUAAAAUGGAGAAAGAUGUCAAGAAUGGGACGGUGAGAACGUGUGGAGCAGGUAAGUUUAUAAAUCAGUAAUUAUAUGUAUAUCACAAUUCAUUUGAUCAAGGAAAAAAUUAAUUAUCGCCGUUGGACUGCUGGAAAGAAGAUUGAAAAAAGUUUCGGGCUUUGCCGGACGGGAAUCGAACCCAGUCCUCUCACACACUAGUUGGGCGCUACCACCAACUGUGCUACGAAGCCUCAUGUUGGUAGUGAGGCAAAUUUUUAGGGGUUCGAAUCCCGUCGAAGCCUGAAUUUUUCUCAGGCUUCUUCUCUGCAAUUGUAGCUCUCUUGCAAGGAUCAUCUCUGCUCGAUUUUUAUUCGGAUGUCAAAUGGAAAUUUUUACAAGUUUACAAGUUGUCUUUCAUUGAUACCCUAGUAUUAAGAUUUGUUUUGUAUUUGUUCACGCGUCCUCUCUCUAGUUCCGCAUGUUUCCUCAAGUGAAAUGGAGAAAAUAAAGCAGCAAUUAUUCCUCAAGGACAGAGUACGUAUUAGGGUUUGCAGUUUUAAAUACACAAUGACUUGCAAGAGCGAGAGAAAGUGGUGCAUAUAGUAAGAAGCCAAGCAAGCAAAAUGCGUGAGGUAGAUGAACUGAAAACAGAGAUGAACAGAUAGAGCACUGAGUGUGAAUUUGAUCCGGACUACAUUGGUUUUAGUCUAUCUCGCUCUCUGAUUGGUCCUGAAAACUCACGUUACCCUCUCCACCAAUAAAAUGCACAAUUAAAACGAAUCGUGACUUGGUCACCGGCGUUUUCGCGCACUUUUGCCAGGUUACUUGUUAUCACGUUGACUUUUCAUUGGACCACAAUUCACGUUGUCUUUCAGUUAUUGGUGGUGGCGGAGGGCGAAAUCCAGAAACAGCAAAAAUAUUAUGUUGGAUUUAUAAGUGGGUUAAGUCGAGAUUUCAGGUGAGCCACCCCAACAUGGACAUAACUUGCUAGUAAUUGCUCUUCAUUACAGUUCACUCGAGUCGAUGUCUAGAUCUGUUACUGUUGGCACAAUAACUGCAUAACAUGCUUAAAACCUUAUAAAACUUAAUUUCAGAAUUAUGCUUGAAAGACAGCAUCUAACGGUGAAAGAAUACAACAAAGAUCAAAAAGCAUACGCCUCAAUGCUGAAUAAAAUGUACGUGGCAGCGAAAGAAGGUGAGCUCGAGUUAAUGCCUACCGUCAAUUUAGGCAGUGGACCGCACUUUCUUUUGGGUUACCGGAAUAGUUCACCCACGCGAGAUGUUGAGAGAACACGAGAAAAGUGUGUAAAUUAGGAUUCGGAGGCAAGUGAUUUACAAACUUUUCGAAUUUCCUCCCAACAUCAUGCGUGGUCUAAUACGCCAGUAAACUAAUUUUGAUGUCAUCUAUGAUCUAGAACUGAUCUCUUCCAUCAACAUGGAAUCUAUGUGUUAUAUAUCUUAAUUGGAAAUCUAUGCAGUUCGUAUGUAGAAUGUGGAUAACCUGAUUUUAAUGUAACGUUUUAAUGUAGGAACUUUGACGGAAUUCAGAGCGACGUUACCCUCUCACUAUCUUGGAAUAAAUGAGGUAACAAGCCAUACUUCUGAAUAUUUUCAAUCUCAAACAAAUCUUUCUCGGCUGGAAGAACGAUUCAAAAAGUGCGACAAAUUGUAACAAAAACAAACAGAUUAAAAGGACUCGGAACAGUGGUAGCUUACAAACGCCGAAAGAUCCUCAUUAAUAGCGUAUGUUUAGUUACCAUUCUGGUCCUUAGUUAUUUCUUGGUGGAAUCUUAAGCGCUAAUGGCUGAUUUGACGAAUACAAAACUUACCUAAGAUAGGUAGAGACAGGCAGUAUUUACGGACCCUGACCCAACAUUAACCCGAACUUUUCAUCAGAUGACUAUUGUUGGGUUCCUCAUUUUAACCACCUGGGAGCUCUUAGUAUCUAGAUAUUGACUCUUUUUUCUGUAUGUGUGUUACGGUGAUGCAGGAUCUUUCUGGCCAUCCAUUGGGUAAAAAGCUUUCACGGCCUUUCGAGGAUUUGGAAUUGCAUUUACAAGAAGUUGAAGAUAGUGAAUUCAGGUGAAAAAAAAUGUUUAAGACUUUUAUUAAAUUCGAUAAAUGUCUUCCGCGCUUUCACGUCUCAAUUACAGUCAGCCUUACUGUCAGUGCGCUGAACUCCGCGUCAAAAGGUCUGGGUUCAAGACCUGACCGAGUCAUUGGGUUGUAUUCCUGUAUUCUUGGGCAAGACAAAUUAUUUUCACAAUGUCUCUCUCCAACCAGGAGUAUAAAUGGGUACCAGCGAAUUCUCAGGGGGGCCUGAUGAAAUAUUCGAGGAGUAGGCGGCUGGAAGAGAGGAGUAGCCUUGCGGAGGAUUUGCAUCCCUACUCAGGGGGGAGUAGUGAUACUCCCACUCGCUUCAUGUUAUGGAAACCGGAAUAAGCUGCGGCUGGAGAGCUACAUGGCUCGUGUUCAAAUUUUACCUUUCACCCAUUGAUAUUUAUCUUUUAUGAAAUCGUUGCAGAAUUGAUAUCAAUCAUCCAUUAUUGACGGGGUGGAGGGAAGGCAGGUCAGCAAGUGCCAGAGAGAAUGUCAGAAAGUUUUCGAAAAAAUCAUCAAAAGGUAGGAAAGUCUAACAGAUAACAGUUAUUUUAGAUCACCAGUGACCGUCUGUUAUUUUCGUUCACGAAGAGUAUACGGGAGCACAUGGGGCAUAGCCUAUCAGGUUACAAAUUAAGUCGCCAUCUCUGCUGCCAAUCCAGCCAUGUGAUUGGCUUUAAUUGUACCACGUGGUGCAAAAGUCAUAAAAUGAUUGACUAUGCCCCAUGGUGCCCCCGUCUAUACCACUUUCACAUAUAUAUUAUCAAUAAAAUUUGGCCGGCUGAUAAAAAAAAGGUCAUAAAAAAAAACAUAAAGCAGCCACAGGCUUAUUUUGGUCUUUCUUUUCUCACAAGACUGAUUCUCUCGGUCAACUGGCCAGCCAGUCUGUCAGCCAGUUAGUUAGCAGUCGGUCAAGUAGGCUGAUCACUCAGUCAUUAAGUCGACGUCUCUCAGUUGGUCAGCUACGCUAUGUAGUACAUCAUAUUUAAGUGACUCUAAUCUGACUGACUUACAUCGACAGUUACCGGCGUUCAUCCGAGGCUUGUUGAUACAAAGCUUGGAAAACCGCUCAUAAAAGAGGCUAAGGAACACUUUCCUGAGUGGUCUGACCAAGAGGUAACUUUCCAUCACAGAAAUAUUUAUCACAGAUAAGUUGACUCCGGGAUAGGUACUUUGCUGGACUUUAGAAAGAACGAUCUGUCCAGCGUGUUAGACGAUGCCCUUGUUUUGAGUUCUUGUUCAAGGGAUCUUUCCCUAGCGAUGCUUCUCUUGAGGCCAAAUGCGUUGACCCAUGAUUAGCAAUGAUCAAUCUUUGUUAACUUGGUGUUGCUGUUUAUCGAGUUCCGUUCAGAGCAUUUUUCAACUGACUUUUCCGAAAUCGUCACCAAAGUAAUCACAACAACCAAUAAAAGCGUAGGGAAAGCUCACAAGGAUCUAACGAGAACUCAUUGUGAAAAAGGUAAACUGCUUGAAGCGCGGGAAAACGACAGUGCGCAGGCCGCGCUUGGUUUUGUUUGAUAGCUGAUUGGUUGAAAGGGAGGCACAGGUUUUCUAGACCAAUCACAACGCUGAGAUCAAAAUCAAUGCAAUCCUGAAUGACUUUUCCCUCAAUGAUCCUAAUUUGCUCUCAAAGAGAAAAAGACCGGAAGUUAAUCGGUAAAAGACUUUGGUUUUAAUUUUACUGUGGUAAAAAGCCAAGAAGCCACCUAGCAUUUUGCAUUUAGCAUAAUUCUUUAUUUCUUACUAGAUUCAGAUGAUGUUUGAGCAGUUUAAGAGAUUCGACACCAACGACGACUUCAAUCUUGAUACACAAGAGGUAUGGAAGGAAAAGAAACUUUGUUACUUUUUAACUCGUGAAUAUGCGAUAUGCAAAUUUCGUGGCGUUAGCAUGGUUACAGGAGUCUAGGGAGAGCAGAUGGCGGACCGAUUGUUAAAUAUAGCGGAUCGUUAUCAAAAUUUUUUUUAUUUUCGCCAAUCAAAAUAAUAACUCACUGGCUACCCAAACUCCCUUUAGUUCCCAGAGGCGUUAAAAUACGCUCUCUCAUGUUUGAAGUAAAUGCGUAAUUUUCUAAAGUAGUAAAUUGCAGCCAUGACUUCACUGCAAAUGAACAAUAUUUAAUUUCCUCUCUUUUCAGUUAUUGAGAGCAAUACCAGAUACGUUAGGUAGAAUGGCAACUACUGAGGAAAUAAAGGUAAUUAUGAUAUAUUAAGCAAAAAAAAAUAAUUUAGUUCAUACAGUGGCCCAUAGAGGACAUGGUAUCCACUUUUUAAAUUCAAUUUUAUCGCGCAAUAAAAUAAAAACAUCGCGCGAUAAAUGAGAUACCUGUUAGGUCGCACGUGAUCAGCUGUCACGCACGACACAAUGGCUGUAACAAUUGAAAAGUUCUUUCUUAGUCUAGGAAAUUUACAAACCUGCAAUGUAAUCAGAAAGAUUAAAUAAUUCACACUUGUUCUCAGACACUGACAGCCAUCUCUGAAAGUGUCUCUAAAGAUUUCGCAAAAUCAAGGUUUACUGCACUGAUUUACAGAGCUAUGUGCCGUAGAAGUAUUGCAAAGUACUGCGUAAUGAUCUUUUCACGAAAAUAACACGAACUAUUAACCUCAAAAUAUACCUCCUCGGCUAUGGCAGCAAUUGUCGUCCACGGAAACAACGUGCGUGACAGCCGAUCACGUGCGACCUACCAAGUUUCCCAUUUAUCGCGCGAUAAAAUUGAAUUUAAAAGUGGACAGCGUUUCCUCUAUGGGCCACCGUAAGUUUACCAUCAUCAUUUAAGUAUAAAGCAAUUAAAAAGUUCUUUAGUGUGGGUUGCAUGAUUUAUUUUCUUGGAGGGGCUCUGACGAGAUAUAGUAGAUGGCAAAAUCCAUAACUUUAUAAAAACUACAGACAAUUAAUUUUUGCUUGCAGGAAGCCAUGUUAGAGGUGGACAUAGAUGACUCAGGCACGGUGGAUUUUUUCGAAUUUCUUUGCGUAGCCAGACUAAUUUCGCAAGGAAAGGGUAAGUCAAUAAAUAUCCAUGCAGUACGUAAACGCGACAUUGAGCUAGCACCGAGGGAUGCAUUCCAAUUCUACAUCAAGUAUCUAUUUUCUGUUUUCUAGGAGAAGCAAGGCUAUUCAAGAAAAAGACUUUAACAGCAUUACAAAAACCCAACGGAAAGUCAACCAUCUGUUCUGUUCAGUAGCUUCUACCACGCUCCACACACUUCAGAACUUUUUCAGUCAAUAUUAAGACUACACGUGUUUCACUUUGCUUCUUAAAAAGGGAAAAAAUACUUAGACUCAAAUCCGACAAAACAUUACAUAAUCAAUGCAAAUAAUAUCUAGACCUGCCGAAAGAUACGCCGUAAUUUGGAUUUUAAGAAAGUCCUUCAUAUAAUUCAAAGACGAACCAAUUGCACUUAAAUCCUAUUUUCAGAGAAACCUUUGAGAAACCAUCUAAAAACCGUACACAUCUUUUAGGUCGUAAUCCACGUUAGCAAAUAAUUACGUAUUUAUCAUCACUGUACAUAUGUAUCAUGGAAAUAUUCAAUGCGUUAUUUAUAGUCAUUCUUGUUAAAGAAAUUCCAGAGUUAAUUGUACAUAGUAUUAAGUUAAUAUCUUUAUUACUUCCACUUUGAAAUAACUGGUGAUAAAUCUGAUUGGCUCUCAUCGGUGCACUUUAUUUCCAAAUCGCGCUAUUUUUCACUUUAAAUCACAUGUUUUUCCCAGCCAAUGAGAAGGCUUUUCUAAAACACAACCACCAAUUAGAUUUCAAGGCUUAUAAAAAAAGAAAAACA